AGGUUAUGGAUACAGGAGAUGGAGAGUGGAACAGUAAAGUUGACUCCUUGUGUGCUAUGUUUCCCAGUCAGCCACGAUCCAUUAUAGAUUCUGUGCUCAUAAAUAACAAUGGAAAUACUGAGUCAGCUGCAAACCAGUUGAUAGAUGUAAAUACUGCUAAUACUGACGUUCAAGGUUUGAUGCAGGAGGAGACCACAGUCCUUGCAAACAUCAAGAAGGAAAAAGACCAAUCGCCAUUAGCAAGUGGACAAAUAAAUCCUAUUCUACAUCCUCGCCUAUAUAACAGGGCUGCUACUUCUCAGCAGGCCAGUCAGUCUCAUCAACUGAUCCCGCUUAAACCAAACAAUAACUUCAAUUCGGUUGCAAUACAAACUUGGAAACGAACUGGCACGCAAGAGAUUCCUUGACUCCUACAAACGCUUCAUGGAUAAUAAAGGGACGCCCGUCUGGAGAAUACCCAUGGCUGACAUGACCAAUAAAUUCCUCUAGAUUUCUACAAAUUGUACCAAGAAGUUUGCAGCAGGAAUGGGAUGCAAGUGGUCAACCAGAAAAGAUUAUGGGGUGAGAUAGCUGAAGCACUAAAUCUUAAAGAUGACUUGAAAUUUAUAAACUUCUUGAGGGAACAAUACGUCAAGUACCUAUAUGCUUAUGAGUGCAAGCACAAACUAAUAGUUAGGGCAAGAAUAAGUUUGAACCAAGAUCAUGGAUGUCCUACCCGAAAACACAUCACCAAUGUACAUAAAGCAGCAAGUGUACAGUAUGGGCCCAACAACACCAGUAACAACCCUCUACCCCCCUCAAGCCCUAUAUCCUCGACUCCAAGUGCUACUACUAAUAUACCAAAUGGGGGUCCACCCCUUAUUGUACCCAAUGGGGGUGCUCCUUCCUCUGCUUCUUCCAUGAGGUCUGGACUACAAGCUACUCCCUCGACGCCAGCCAUUCCACGCUCUAAAUAUUAUAUCCAAAGUGAUAUACAGUACCAGCCUUUUUCAUUGCAGUACCAGCUAAGCAGCCUACCAGAUCAGGCUGCCUUCCUAGAAACUUACCAGAGGUUUUGUGCAGCGCAAGGGUAUCCCUGUAGCGAGGUUCCUGUGGUGGACUUUGUUAAUAAUGUCAACUUUGAUUUGUAUCAGAUGUACACGAAGGUAGUUGAACAGGGUGGAUACCAUGAUGUCAGCAGUCAAUCCACAGAACGAGAAGAAAACCUUAUAUGGAAAGAGAUAAUAAAGAAAGCACUGAAUCUGGAAGCUGACAAACUAUCGUUGAAGUCCGUAAAACAUUUCUACAAGAAGUAUCUUCUAGAUUUUGAGAUUUACUAUCGUGGUGCAACGCAUUUUCCCUCGACUGCUAGUGGCUCAGCGAGCAACACCCUAAAGAGGAACCCUACUGACAACGCACUCCCUCGCAACAAACACAAGAAAAACCGGGUAUCAGGCGAUUCUGGUGGUUCUAAAGUAGCAGAACCGGACAGCACUACCUCUCACUACCUCCCUAUACUGAACUCUGCAAGCUCUUCUCUGGUGUCUGACAUAACUCCCUCCCCCAACAUUCCGGACAUUCCUCAUAAUGUCCCGCCUAUGUUAUUGCUCUCUACCGCGGGAAUGUUUGACCAGACCAUACAGUCGAAGGAUGGUAGUUUAAAUUAUCUCUUGAAUUCUCAAGAUCCCAGUACAUCGCAGGGUGUGGAGGAUGCGUUCCAAGAUGAUACGGAUGAUCAUAACAACCAGUCCUUCCUUGAUGGUGAUGGUGAAACUUCCGUGGCUGCUGAUGAGGCAAUUAUAGAAGAAGAGAGGUUACCUGAGGCUGUAUUGACUGCCAGGAAUGUUGCCUACGAGAAGUUAGCUAAGGCUCGGAAGGAAUCAAAAGAAACAUCAGUUUUAUUCAACUUGACACCUUUAGACCAGAGUGAUCCCGAAUAUGACAGGCUGACUGACAAAGCCAAGAUAUUCUUUAAUUUGUUUUCAAAUUCAACAGUAGAGAUCACUGAGAUGUACAAGGUUCAAUGCCCUGCAAACAGAGUUCACUUUUACGAGAAAGCAGCGAACCUAACCGUCACAUCCAAGACUGUGGAACUCUACAAGUCCUUUCACUUGAUCCCUUUCCAUUUACUAAACGAGGAGAAGAUCUACAAGAUCCUCAAGGAGAAUAUUGAAGAAAGGCUGUUCUCGCUUUACAAACACGCUAAAACAGAAGCAGAGGGGAACCUCACAUUUGUUGUCUGCGAUGCUCUUCUAGGACAAAACAUUGACAUCAGUGACAAAGUGGACAUAGCUGAAGAGCCGAUACCUUUUGUUGUAUCCUACAAGAACCAGAUAAUGCUGAAAUACGUGGUUACCUUGAAGGCAACUAAGAUAGCUGCUGUGCGUAAGUCUAACCCUUACUCUGAUGUCCCUGACGUACUGGCUCAGCUGAACGACGGUGUUUGGCAGAUAGAUGUCAAAACAUUCGACUUCAGAAACGCUUCAGAUCCGUGGAGUGACGUGGUUAUGAAGGCGACUAGUUUGUACAAUGGAGACUGUCUUAAAAGACAGACUCUCAAGUAUAAUAAAUGUCAUAAAAAAAAGAUCUCACAUUUGGAAAUUGUAGUUUCUCACGGGAUAUGGAAAAAGUACGAAGCUCAGAAACACAAGAUGGCAAGUAGUGGCGGCAAGGAAAUCUACGCAUACCACGCCACAUCACCCCAAAACGUGCAGAGCAUCGUGCAGGUUAAUCUGGAUUGGCAGCGCGCAGCAGUACACGGACGUGCCCAUGGCGACGGAUGUUACUUCAACAACAUGGCGUCAGUAACGGAUUUCCUCUCCGAAAUCUCGGACUCGCUGCUGUUUUGGGUGUCUCACCCAGUACAGUUCAUUCUCCCUGUGACAGUACCUUCUCCUUCUUUAUGUGAUACGCUGAUGUGGGUGUUACUAGUUUCCAGUGUAUUCUGUUGGGUCAUGUCCCUUCUCACUGACAACUUAUCACAGGUAGAUAGACUCUGGUCCCUCCUACCACCUCUCUACUCUGCUAUCAUCACAUACUACUGUAUAAAAGAGAAGGGCGUGGCCUCCUCCUCUGGGAUGAUGCUGAUGACACUGAUAACCUCGCUGUGGGGUGGACGCCUCACUUACCAGUUUAUAAAGAAGGACGGAUACACACUGUACGGGGAGGACUACAGGUGGGAGUAUGUAAAGGAGGUGUUUCAUGGGAGGUACCUCACUCUCCAGAUCUUCAACUUGUUCUUUGUGGUUAUCUACCAGAACAUCCUGCUCUUCCUCCUUGUGGUGCCCCAGGCAGUGUUGCUCACACGUGACACCACGUGUUCCGUGUCUGACGCACUGAUUGGGCUACUCUACAUGGGGCUGGUGGUGUUGGAGACGAUGUCUGAUGCCCAGCAACAGGUGUUCCAGAAGGAGAAGUACAAGCAGAAAGGAGAAGGAGUGGAGUUAAAGGGGGACUACAAAGCAGGGUUCCUGAGGUCUGGGCUCUUCAAGUACUGCAGACACCCUAACUACGUGUGUGAGGUUCUCCUCUGGUGGAUAUUCGCUCUUUUCUCUCUCUCUAGACUGGGAUUCAACUGGACUUUCAUUGGAGCAGCUAACUUGACAGGACUGUUCACUGGUAGUGUGGAUAUCACGGAGCAGAUCUCCAGUAAGAAGUACCCUGAGUAUGAGGAGUAUCAGAGGAGGGUACCUGCUUAUAUUCCUAGUGUUAGGAUGAUUAAUAUCAAGUAGUUGUAGUACUUUAGAAAGUUUCAAUUUUAAUUUGGGAUCUUUUAAUGUUGUAGGCUUUUAGAAUUUUAGCAGUUUUUACAAUUAGUGAUAGUGUUUUAUUAAUGUGUUUAUAUGCUGUGAACUAUUAUGGUGAAUCGUAUUAUAGAAGGUUCUGGUUUCCUUUUCUUUAAUUUAUUAUGUUUUAGACCUUUAUAUUAUAAGUAAAUGCUAUCAGAAUGUAUACUAUCAAAAGCUAUUUUAAGUUUAAUUAGAGGUUCUUUAUCCUUGGGUCGGAUCAUUGGUGUCCUCCAUGAGUUUUAAAGUCAGUGAUCAUAUUUAUAUUAUUUUAUGUCGUUAGUAAAUCAUGAUUUAUAAUUUUGUUGAACUUAUUAUAAUCAU